UAUUGCAUUGAGUGAACAAUGCUAAAUACGGACAUGGCCUGUCAACUUUUUAUUUCUACAGCCUGUGCACUCAUGUAUUUACUUUUGAAUUUUGGAAUGUGUCAAGAUGUUUCUACAUCAGGGGAUGAUGUCUUUGACGGAUAUCGUUAUGUUGUCUACCAUGGUUUUGAUGGUGUCUACGGAACUUUCUCAGGCGCACGUGCUCACUGUCAAAGCAUUGGAGGUGCUUUGCCCAUCAUCACAUCAGCUGCACAAAACGAGUUUAUUGCCUCAAAGUUAACCUUUGGGCAAGGAAAUUAUUACAUUGGCUUAGAAGAUCUGGAUGGGAAUGGCCAGUACAAUUGGAUUGAUGGAACGACACCUGGGUAUUCGAACUGGGAUAGUAAUCUACUCUCCCAUUCAAAACCAUACUGUGCUGUGAUGACGUCUAGUAAUUCCCUUAAUGAUGCUGUUCAUGGACGUUGGAAUCGAGUAACAUGUACGUCAUCAAGACGACGUAUCUGCCAAAUGCCACUAGUGAGAAUAAACAGGACAGAUGAAGCGAUUCCGCAGGGAGUGGUAGAAGUAUAUUCUGGUCGUUGGGGUUCUGUCUGCCUUGAUCAUAGUAUCACAGAAAGCGAUGGACAUGUCUUGUGCCGGACGAUAGAUUAUCCGGGACUUGUUUCUUGGCAUGGAAUCAGUGCAAGGAAUUAUAUUUCAAUCUCCGACCAUCAACGAUUGUAA